AUGGCACCAACGAACAUCACUAAGAGGCCCGCACAGCACAAACAGUCGUCCAGAAAGGGCAAGAAAGCGUGGAGGAAGAACAUUGACUUGACGGACCUCGAGUCCACGCUGGAGGAAUCGAAGGAUAACCAGAUCAAGUACGGUGCUGAUGAUAUUGCCGCAGUACAGGACGACAGUUUGUUCCAAGUAGACAACGACGGUGACCGCGCCCUGAGGGAGAGACUCAUCAAGCGGAAGCAGAUAAAGAAGAACCUCAAGAGCACGGAGAUUCUGGACGCCAUCAAGACGAACUCGAAAGUUGGAGCGUUGACGCAUCAUAAACACAGGAAGGGCCACAGUGAGGAGUUGCCCGGGGGUGAUGCACACCAUGGGAAGGGGAAGAAGGUGCAAGGUGUGUCCAAACGGGAAAUGCUGAAGUUGCUUGCAUUGGCCGGGAGAAUCACUGGUGAAUCAAAGUUGGAGAACAGGGUUGCUAAGGAUGGGCUUAUCAAGUCCUCGUCGUUUGACCUUUGGGGGGACGACAAGUCGACCCAGAUCCAGUUGUCCUCCGGGAUAAAGAUAGACAAAAGCAAGACGGAGAAGGCAUCCAAGGAGCUUUUGACCAUGUCUACCACCAGUUGGUCCAUUGCGACGAAGACCCCGAAGACGCUCAAGGAGAAACCCGUGACCAUCAAAGAGUUCGAGCAGACCCCACAUGCGGGGAAAUCCUACAACCCGCAGAAGAGGGACUGGUCUGAACUGUUUGAAAAGGAGUACAACUUGGAGAAAGUCAGAGAGGAUAACAGAAUCGCACUGGAGGAGUACAGAGAGAGAAUUAGACAUUUGAUGGAGACCUUGGAUGAUAACGAGGAGGCGGAUUCGUCGUCAUCGGAGUCCGAGUCCGAGGCCGAAGCGGAAGACGACGAAGAAGGAAGCGUCGAUAUGGGUCUUUCCGUCAACGAGGCAAUUCAAAUCAAGAAGAAGACCAAGUAUCAAAGAAACAGAGCCAGGAAACACGAGGAAAAGGUUAAGCUGCAUAAAGAGUUGAAGGAAUUGAAACAACAAUUCAAGGAACUCGAGAACUUGGAGGAAAUUGUCGAAUCCAUCGCUGUGACCAAAUCCGAAGGUACCAAACCGAAGAGGCGGAAGGCCAACAACAACAAGCUGGGUACGCGGUACGGUAUCAUGGAGGAGAAACUGGAGAUCAAAUUCCAAGACGAAUUGGGCGACUCCCUCAGGAAACUGAGGCCUGAGGGGAACCUGCUGUACGAAAACGUCAGGAAGUUGCAAAGUUCAGGUAAGAUUGAGUCUCGUAUCCCAACGAGACAGAGAAGAGCCAAGAACAAAAUCACAGAGAAAUGGACUCACAAGGAUUUCAAAUGA